UUCGGAUUAUCAAAGCGAUCCCAAUUUGAAGAAACCGCUCUUCAGACCGACAACUGCGUUUUGUCUUUUGUUUCCACUUUCGGCAAGCCAGGCCACCCAACUUAGGCAACCUCCCAUGCGUGACCUAACCUAACGUAUGGCAUCGAUGUAAACAGCGGUGUUGUUUACCACUGAGCUGUUCCAAAUGGAUGAAAGCAACGAUUCGAGUCUGUGCUGUGAUCCCUUUCACAGGCACAGGACACCCGCAAAAACUUUCCUAAGAGUUAUAAGGGAAAGUGACAUUGAUAAAUACCCUGAUAUCAACUUAGUUUCGGGUCAGUUUUGGUGUGACAACUGUCGGAAAGCAGCUGCCAACAAGAAUGAAGGGAACAAGCAAGACCAACAAGUCCCAGCCACUGCGCAGGCUUCCACCAGUGCUCGACAACAUAGGUUCUCUUCAGCUCAACCAUCUACAUCCGCAGAGACAGGGGAAGAAUGUCACUCCUCAUCAAAGCCCAGUGAUCAAAGCGCAUCAGAAGAGCCGAGUCACUUCUGUUGCGAUCCAUUCAAGCUGCAUAGAGCUAAACAAAUUUCAAAGAACAUCAGAAAAAUUACGGAGAGAGAUGCCUCUCGAGUAACUGGAUUGAUUAUUGGAGCUUUCUGGUGUGAUUACUGUCGCAAGCAAGAUUUACUAUCAGUUGCGGCAUCUUUAGUUCCGUUCUCAACUUCUAAUCUACAGCCAACAGAAAUUUCAUCUCAAGCCGCAGAAAAUGAAAACAUACCAGUCAAACGUUGCUGUAAUCCCUUGAAAAUUCACCGGGGAGAAAAGUCGAUUGUAACCAAGAAUCUCAGAGUAAUCACCGAAGAAGACUCAACAAAAACCGAAGGCCUAGAAAUUGGGAAAUGGUGGUGUUCCUAUUGCCAGUCAAAAACAUAUUCUAUGUUGUCACAGCAGGUUCCAGACUCGCACCCUUUUCAACCUGUUUCUGCCGCAGCCACCUCUGGGAACUUAAUAGAAAGUGUGGAAGGAAUUCCAGAAGAAGCAACUGUUGAACACACUGUUUCUGAAUCAACAACAACCACAUCAGAAAAUCUUUUGCAAUCAGAUUUAGUAUCAAGUAUUGAUUUUGGUUCAAUUGUUGUCCCUACACCUACCUCCAAUGAAGCAAAUGUCACAGUGAGCUCUGAUGAGGAUUUGUGCUGCAAUCCAUUUUCCCUCCACCCUGAAGAAAAACGCUCAAAGAGUGUUAGAAAAAUUUCAGUUGCUGAUGGCAACAUGUUUUCAGCUUUGACUGUGUAUGUUGGCAAGUUUUGGUGUGCUCCAUGUAGAAAAAGUAGAGAACAUGUCAAGUGCUCAUAUAGCUCAGAAAAAAGAAAUAUCUGCACUGGAAAACUUAUGAGAGUGGACUCUUUAACCAAAGAUCAAGAAAGAGCACUGGCAUGGAAUACUGGAAUCUGGACGGAUGCCUCUUCUAAAACUGUAUGCGAGAAACACUUCCAUACGUUUGUUGGUGUUCAUACAGUUGUUGAUCCACCUGUCAUCACUGACCGCUGCUGCAACCCUCUGAAGAAUCAUCGCAAGGGCUCUGAAUCAGUCACAAAUCUAAAUGACAUAAGAAUAUGUGGUGUUCUGAGAGCCAGAGAGAAAAACAUUUUCUUAAAGUAUGGUGAAAAGUACUGCAGCAAAUGCCGGCUUGAAAUUAUGGAACUACCCAACAACAAUCAACAGAGCCAAGAAACCUCCACACCCGUUAUGAGUCAAGGGAGUAGUGUUGGCUUAACAGAGGUGGCCUCCCCUGCGAUUCGUCAGAUUCAAAUGAUAGAAUUGAAGAAAGCUCUUCAAAGCAUUGGCGUAGUUUCUGCAUCAUCUGUCGGUGACUUAAAACAUUCCAAACAAGGAAGAAUCAACGCAGCAAAGAGACACAUAGAAGAUGCUGCAGAGGUCGCAAAAAAUAAAGUAUGUCUAUCACUAGCUCUUGCUAAAGAAGAUGUAGUAACCGAUAACGAGCAAAGUGCACAACAUUUUUUGGAUUUAAUGGUAGAAGUAAAACUGCGACUUCCCAAUGCCAGCAAAUCUCAAAAGUAUCAACUGCUAUCACUUUGGCCUCCAUCAAUGCCACGAAGGGAAGGGGCAGAAUUUUUCAAUGUGAGCAGAACCCUUCUCAAUGCUGCUAUGGAUUUGAGAGAAGAAAAGGGUCUUUUGGCGACUCCUUCAUUUCAGCGAUCCGCGUUGGUUUCUGAGGAGACCAGAAGUGCAGCUGUGAAUUUUUAUCUUGAUGACCGGAACUCCAAAGUUCUUCCUGGACGAAGAGAUGUUGUUAGUCUUGGUGGCGGUGUUUAUGAACAAAAGCGUCUGCUUCUGUCCAACUUGAAUGAACUUUAUGCCUUAUUUAAAGCUGAAUAUAGUGCUGGCAAAAUUGGUUUGUCAGUUUUCUGUUCUCUCCGCCCUAAGUGGUGUGUUACAGCAGGUGCUAAAGGGGUCCACUCAGUUUGUGUGUGCCAAACGCAUCAAGAUACCAAACUUAUGCUGCACUCUCUCCAUAUUAAAGACCACUACAGAGAGCUGAUAAAACUCUGUGUGUGUGAUGACAAGAAUAGGGAAUGCAUGUUAAGGAUUUGCAAAAAUUGUCCUAAACCUUCUGAAAUAUCUGAAAUUCUUGAAGACCUCAUGAUGAAGAGUUAUUUCUCCCCUGAAGACCUACAACUGAUGGAAGAUGGCAGCAUGGAAAAGCGGAGGCUUCUUGCAGAAGAUGUACAAUACCAACAGUGGAAGUCAACAGACCGUGCAGAGAUGAUUUCUGUUGUCUGCACCAGAGCUGACCUAAUUAGCUCAACAACUGACCAAAUUUUAAAAUUAAUUCCUCAUGACUUUGUGGCCAGAAGCCAGUCAGAAUAUCUAAAACAGUUAAAAGAUAAUCUGAAUGAUUCAACUAUUAUAGUGACUAUGGAUUUUGGGAUGAAUUACUCCUGUUUGAUUCAAGGAGAAAUUCAAUCAUACCACUGGUCGAAAAAGCAGGUGACUAUUCACCCUGUUGUAAUAUUUUAUAAAGAUGGUCAAGAAGUGAAGCAUCGCACAAUUGUAUUUAUUUCUGAUGAUCUGGACCAUGAUGCUGAUUUAGUUCAAGUAUUUGAAGAGAAAAUUAUUGAAAUUGUGAAGCAGGACCAUCCUUCCACAACUGAUAUUGAGUUCUUUACUGAUGGCUGUGGAGCACAGUACAAGAACAAAAAAACAUUCAUGAGAGACUGUCAGUGUUUCAAAAAACAUGGCAUCAGAGUCAAGCGCAACUUUCAUGCAACAAGCCAUGGAAAAUGCCUCUGCGAUGCUGCCUCAGCUAGUGUCAAACGCAAGGUGGCCAAUGCCAGCUUGCAACGACCUAUCAACGAACAGAUUAUCAAUGCUUUGGAUGUAUAUCAAUUCUGCAAGUCAUCUGAUUUAGAUAUGCAUUUUGUCAUGGUAUACAAAGCAGAUGUAGAUAAAGUAAGAGAGGCAGCAAAGCUACAAAAAGAACUGCAAGCAGUCCCAGGAACAAGGUCCUUUCAUCAGUAUGUUCCUUUGAAUGAUAAUACAGUUGAAUGCAGAUUCACAAGUUUCGACGAGGAGCCAGCAAUCAUUCAUUGCAUGGAGGAGGUCGCAUCCAACAUGGAUAUUGAUGUUGGAAAAUUUGUUCUUGUUAAAUUUUCAAGAAAGAAGUUCAUUGGAUUUGUAACAGACUUUUGCGAGGAAGAUGGGGAAGUCGAGUUAACUCUACUCCAUCCCAAGCUGCCAGCAACAUCCUUUACCUGGCCAGAUGAUCUGUCAACAAUAAUAGUCCCUCUGCCUCAUGUUCUUGACAGCGUUUCCCUGAUUGAAUGUGAUAACAACCAGUAUGAGUUAAGUGCAGCAUCAAAGCAGAUGCUCACGGCUCGUCAUGUACUUAAGUAAUCAAAAAUAUAAAA